GGCGCUCACCCGAGUCGGCUCGGGCCGGCCGGGAGCUGGGGGCGCGUCCCAGGCUGCGGGCGGUGGCACGGGAAGCUUCGGAUUCGUCACUUAGGGAGCUGAUACGUUUUGGUGGUUAUGGAUUUAGAAACGGCCUUUACCGAAGUGGAAGGACUGUGCGGAAGGGCCCGUCGGGAACGCUGUGCCCAGCCCCGCGGCGCGCGGGGACGAGGAAGUGGCCCCGGCCCGGCGCCAGGGCCCCGUAGCCGCUGGGUCGCGGCCGCCCCGGCCCCGGCCGUUGCCCGAAGUUCCGACCGAGAUUAGCGCGCGGGCAGAUCGGCCGUGACAAACAGCGCUUUGUGCACCGGAGAAAGUUACCGGCGCUGCUGCCAACUUUUUCAUUUCUUCACAAUUUUUGACGGUGGGUGUUUUUGCUGCUCCCGAGGUAGUUCGGGGGCCGGGCGGCCCCGGGGCGGCGGGCGGGGCCGGGGAGCCAGGCUCGGGCUGGCCGCCGCGGCGGGGCAGGAGCGCUGCCUGCUGCGGGGCCGGGGCGCCUCCCGCCUGCCUGCUGCACGUAGUAACUACUCGUCCGGCGGUGAGUAGCGCUGCUGGAAGCAAACCUGUUGUGUACUUCACGCGACAUGGAAGAAGGAAAUGCAGUGCCUGAUUGUAGUGAGCUUUCAGACCUGGAGAACGCAGCAGAAAGCGAACCUGAUCUUUUCACUGCGUCUUCUGCGAAAACACUUCUGGGAUUUACAACUGAACUUGAAUCUACGGCUUCCAAAGAAGCAACAGGGCUUAAAACAUUUCAACCUUUGCACACCAAUAUAAAUACUCAUGCUAACACCCGGCAUGAGAGGAAUGAUAAUGAUUGUAAUGACGACUCAGAAAAUCAGCACGGCAUGAAUAGUACCAGUGGCCAAGCUGACCCAAUGUCUGGCAGGGAAACUGACCUGGAUCUGGCGUUAGCAGAACAAAACAAAUUACUACUUCACCGUUUAAGGUUUGUACAGACUUCUUUGUCUGAAUCUGACAAUGAUGACAAGGAUGCUAUUCUCGUGCAAGGCACUUUGGUUCAUACAACAAGUGAUACAGAGUCGGACACAGAGAGUAAGGACCUAGAUGCCAAUGAAAACAAUACAAGGGAAUCUGGGCUAAAUAAUGCUGCUUUGUCUGCUGAGGCUUUGGACAAUAACAAUCAAAGUAAGGAAGAGUCAGAAUCAGAAGGGCACAGCAACAGUGAUGACACUGUGGAUACAGAUGACAUUGAGUUACACCCACCAAUUUCCAAGCGGCUCCCCAAAAAGCUGGGUGGUUUUCUGGAGCACGACUCCAAUGGAAAAGACAAAAUCUUAAUGGAUGAGCAGUUCAGUGGCUUGCUUGCUACAGGGGAAUGCCCUCAAGAACUUCCAGAUGAAGAACAAAGACCUUCAACUGAUAAUGUAUCGCUCCAAAAAACAACACUGGCUGAAAAGACUUUCCAGCUGCCUGCUUUCUUUAGUGGACUACGUGUGAGGAAAAAGGGACUAACCACAGAGGAUGGGGAAACUGUUACAGAAAUUAAACCGAGGGAGAAUGAUUUAGCUCUGCUUAAAUUACGACAGCCUGUUAAGAAAUCCAGCAUUACGUCAGGUUUGACCACUAAAAAAAAAUCAGCUGAACCUAAAGCAAGCCCUACUUUCCUGGAACAGCUCUCGCACUUGUUAAACAUAGAUGUCUCCAAGAAUGAAGAUAGAGCUGAGGACUCUGGUGACGGAUCUGGGGAGACCGAGGACAGUGAUGAAGCUCAAGAGAACAAGGCCUCCAGCAAAACAGAACCACGAUUUUCCUCUGAGGAAAUAAAAUCAAGCCCUGCUGAAUCUGCACUCGAUGUCUUUAAAGCUUUAUUCACACGGCCUCCCAAAAAAGAAACAACUGCAGAUCCUUCAGAGCUGGAAGCCAUAAAGCGCAAAAUGAGAACUGAAAAAGAGUUCUUAAAAGCUGUAUUUGAAAGGUCAAAAUCAAAACCUGGGGAUGGAUCAUCAGACAAAUCUCCUGACCUGAGUCCCUCAGAGCAAGAUGACAAGACUCCAGGGAGACUCCAGACUGUCUGGCCACCACCAAAAGCAAAGCACGAAGAAGUAAAAGUAGGAUUAAAGUACACAGAAGCAGAGUACCAAGCUGCCAUUUUGCAUUUAAAGAGGGAACAUAAAGAAGAAAUUGAAACAUUAAAGUCUCAGUUUGAACUCAGGGUAUUCCAUAUUCGUGGAGAACAUGCUGUAUCAACUGCUCAGCUUGAGGAAACCAUUGCACAUCUGAAGAAUGAACUUGAUAAUAAAUUAAACAGGAGAAAUGAAAAAGCAAAGGAUAUUGGUGUUUCUACUGAAGAUAACCCACCAAAGACAUACCGAAAUGUAUGUAUACAGACUGACAGAGAAACUUUCAUAAAGCCUAGUGAAGAAGAAAACAGAGCUGUCAAAAAUAACCAAAUAAUACCCAAAAAGCUUAAUAUUUCUUCUUUGUCACAUAGUAUUUCUGCCCAAAGUGAAAAUAAGGACAAUUACAAUGUGCAGUCUUCAGAAAGUGUCUUAUGUUGUCAACCAAAACAAAUGCUGCCUCCGCCACCACCACCUCCUCCUCCUCCCCUUCCUGAAUCUUCACUACCGGGUGUAGUUCCUCCACCACCACCUUUGCCAAUGGGUCUGACCUCACUGACACCUCAGUUUGGAUCUGGUCCACCAUUGCCACCUCCACUUUCUGAAGGCUGUAGGAAUUUUCAAGCGCUACCACCACCACCGCCGCUUCCAGGGUUGGGACCUCCUGUUGCUCCUCCACUGCCUGGACCUGGGUUACCUCCACCCCCUCCACCUCCUGGGCCUGGGUUCUUUUUUAAUAGCACUUUAUCUUCAAACCAAGGUCCUCGAAAACCUGCCAUUGAACCUAGUCGUCCUAUGAAGCCUUUGUAUUGGACACGGAUACAAUUACAAGGUAGCAGGAAAACUGCUAUACCAACAUUAUGGGAAUCACUAGAAGAACCUGAUAUACUUGAUACUACUGAGUUUGAAUAUUUAUUCUCCAAAGACACUGCUCAGGAAAAAAGAAAACCAUUAUCAGAGACUUAUGAAAAAAAAACCAAGGCCAAAAAGAUUAUCAAAUUGUUGGAUGGAAAACGGUCUCAAACUGUAGGAAUUCUAAUAUCCAGUUUGCACCUGGAGAUGAAGGACAUUCAACAAGCUAUCCUGUGUGUUGAUGACUCCGUAGUAGAUCUGGAGACACUGGAAGCACUAUAUGAAAACAGAGCACAACAGGAUGAACUGGAGAAAAUCAAGCAAUAUUAUCAGACUUCAAAAGAAGAGGAACUGAAGCUUCUGGAUAAACCAGAACAAUUUUUAUAUGAGUUAUCUCAGAUCCCAAACUUCACAGAACGAGCUCAGUGUAUUAUCUUCCAGUCAGUUUUUUCUGAAGGGAUAACAUCAGUGCACCGGAAAGUUGACAUCAUAACUCGUGUUUCCAAGGCUUUGCUGAACAUGACAAGUGUAAAGGAAAUUUUAGGUUUGAUUCUGGCUUUUGGAAAUUACAUGAAUGGCGGGAAUAGGACACGAGGUCAAGCUGAUGGAUUUGGUUUGGAAAUACUCCCCAAACUAAAGGAUGUCAAAAGCAGGGAUAGUGGUAUUAAUCUCGUGGAUUAUGUCGUCAUAUAUUACCUACGCCACUGUGAUAAGGAAGCAGGAACAGACAAGAGUAUUUUUCCUUUACCAGAACCACAGGAUUUUUUCCAGGCCUCCCAAGUUAAGUUUGAAGACCUAAUAAAAGACUUAAGGAAACUGAAGAGAGAUCUAGAAGCCUCUGAAAAGCAGAUGAAGUUAGUUUGCAAAGAGUCUUCUGAAGAGCAUCUCCAGCCCUUCAAGGAGAAAUUAGAGGAAUUCUUCCAGAAAGCUAAAGAAGAACGUAAAAAAGAAGAGAGCAGUUUGGAAAAUGCACAAAAAUGCUUUGAAGAAACAGUGGGAUACUUUGGGAUAAAGCCAAAGCCUGGCGAGAAGGAGAUUACACCAAACUACGUUUUCACGGUGUGGUAUGAAUUCUGCAGUGACUUCAAGACCAUUUGGAAACGAGAGAGCAAAAGCAUUUCCAAGGAACGAAUUAAAGUGGCUCAGCAAUCAGUAAGCAAGUUAACAGCAGAGAAGAAAGUUGAAACAAAGAAAAUCAAUCCUACAGCUAGCCUGAAAGAACGACUGCGUCAGAAGGAAGCCAAUGUGACUACCAACUGAAAGAAGAAAAAACCGAAAAUGAUAGUGUGACUUUGUACCUUGCAUGAUGCUUUACUACAGACAUGGCCCAGGGAGCACCUUAUGUUAGAUACUGAAUUCUGCUUUGCUGAUCUGUUCCAAGACAAUCCACUAAAGACUUCUGAGUUCCUUCAGAGGGGUUUGUACAUUUAUUGGAGGGAAUUCUAAGAAGGUUUUUACAUGGGAAGUCAAAGUUAUUUUCUGUAACUCUUCCUUACAUUGCUUAAAAUGCAUCUGGUUGUUAAUGGUUCUUCAGAGUACUCUGUGCGUAAUGCAUUAAUAUGGAAGAGCUAAAAUGAGCAUUUAGGAUGCUGAGUUAAGUAAUGACUAACAACCUGUAGGUUAUUUACAGGGCUUUGUGUAGAUGAGAGCAAAUAUGCUAUUCAGCUCACAAAAGACUUACUACAUCGUAAUUUUUGUUACUCCAGCAGUAACUGAGGCAAAAUUGACUGAUUCUACAUAAUUUUAUAGUGUCUAACUAUUGGAUGCAUCUUUCUAAAACUGAUUAAAUGUAAGUAUAGAUUUAUGCUGUAUUUUACUAUAAAUAUUUUUAUAGAAGCUUCAGCUUAUGCCAUACAUUGAAAUGGAAACAGUAUUUUGCACAUGAAAAUGAAUAGCUUCUAAUUCUUUAGUUUUGUGAUUGAUGGCAUAACUGAUUCAUUAUUUUUAUGGUUUUAACCUAACAUUUCCUAAAUUUUGAGCUUCAAAAGAAAAAUUAUAAAAAUGUAUAUUUUUAUUUCAGUAUAUAUUGAAAAUAUCAAUUCCAUGAAAUGAUGGUAUUAUUAGUCAUUAUUCAUUGAACUGAAAUACAAUAUGUUCCCAUGAACUUAAACAUUUGCCAUUAAAUCUCUGGCUUUCAAUUCUAUUGAAAGCUUUCUUUUAAGAGUGAAUAUCUCACUCUAAAAUACAUUAUGCAAUCUGCUCUUGUCCCCCUAUAUUUGUAUGAAGAAUGUCUAACUUACAUAUCUAUAUCAGUAUCGAUAUAGGUAUAGGUAGAUAUAAAAUCUAAUAAGUAAAACUUGAGGAAGAAAUAAGAGAGUCUCACUGUCCUCCUGUAACAUUAUAACCAUUGCCCGUAAAGUAGCAGAGCUUGAAAAAAAACUACAGAAUACCCACCGUUACUUGAAGAUUCUUGCUGCAUUUUAGGGAUUUAGAUUCUGAGAAGAAGAGAUCUUGAAGCAAAAGUUAAUAUAAGGUAAAACAGAAAAGUGAUUUUUAAAUACAAGUAGGUAACAGCCUAUAAAUAGGAACAACAAACAAGAAAAUACGCUUCUGCUUGCUGUCUGUAAGAGAGAAAUCCCCUUCUUUCUGCCAACGGUGUCUGAAGUUGGUUACAAAGAGAAAUUAGGUGCAGGAAAUUUAGAAAUAAUAGAAAUUAGGUGAAGCAAAAAAGUAGGAAAAGGUAAUAGGGGCAAGGUAUUAGUGCUUCGCUUAGAAGCUGGAAAGAAUAUGUGAGACAGACAUCCAUACAGCAACUUAGAUAGAGAAAUUGCGAUGAAACCUAAGGCAAGGUCACCCCUAGAAAUGUACACUUAUUAAGGAAAACAGUGGUUGUGGAGACCCCCAUUCAUGAAUUUACUUGAAGAUUUCAUAUAUUGCAGGUUUCUUAAAUGAAUCUCUCUCUCAUUCUCUCAUAGAUAAAAACAAGGGAAUCAAGACUCCCUUGUAUGUUUUAGUUUCUAGCUGCUGCAGAUUCACUGAAGAUGUGUAAGCAUAAUUCUUAUGAAAACAGUCAGUAAUAUACCAGCAAAAAUAAUCUGAUUUGUUGUUUGACUAUUCCCAUUGCAGAGAAGUAAAUUCCAAAGAUGUAAGUUUUCUGUCUUCCACCAAAUAGGUAAAGUACAUUUGUUUCCAAUAUUAUUAGUGAUGAACAAAAGGAGCAAUAAUGUUUAUAAAAGCCAAAGAACAACAGCAAGCAGGGCAAUUCUGAUGAGUGUUUAAGCAAACAAGUGUUGAGUUUUGAUAUGAUUUUCAUGAAGAUAGUGUAUAUUGCCAUUUGACUUGAUCAGGAGUUUUUCAAUGAAAUGUUUUACUUGAAAUAUUAGUCAACAAGAGUAGCACUGUUUGUGAAAAAGGAUUAGUCUUGAAAAUUCUCAUUAGAAACCUAUUAUGGCAAAAAGUUUUUCCAUUAUUGAAAUACCCUGUUUCAAAUUUUCUAAAUGUGAAGUUUUGAGUUUUCAGUUCAAGUUCACUUUUCAUUUUCACAUGAUGAAAAAUGUAUAUAAAAAGGGAUUAAAAUUAAAAUUAAUAAUGUAAACCAUUCCUUCAUCAGAUUUGUAAUUCUUUUUUCAGAUUAUCAAUUUGCCAAAGUUUUAAGAAUUUGGGCUAUUUUUUCAGAAGAUUCAAAAACUUAUAUAGCACAAAGACAUUGUUUCUUCCUCACUUUCAGUUGUAGUGAUCUUCCUCUCAAGACAGAGAUUCUGAUUCCAGCUUCACCCGUGACUUAAAUCCUCUACUACUAGUUAAACUAUUUUUAAGUUUAAAAAAAAAAAAAAAAUCACCCAGACUAUUUGAUUCACUCUCUUAAUCAAGACUUUAAGACUCUUAGAUGGAUUUCACCAGCUAAAUAUCACACUUACACCCAUAGUAAUACCCAGAAGUGUCUUCAGACAGUAAUUGAAGUGGCAGUUGUGCACCUGCUGACCUUCACUAAAAUGUUACAUUAACAGAUACAACAUAUCUAUGUAAGCUGUUCAGUUAUGAAGUGUUUAGACACUACAGACCUAACAAGUGGGCAUCAACCAGCAUUCAUCUUGGGGUCACCAAGUGUCAACAAAAAUUAUCUUUUAAGCUUGCGUUAACUUUGGUGCCUGACUUUACCCUGAGAUUUCUAGUUUGGGGGGAAAAAUAGGAGAAGAGAAAAGAAAAAAAAUAAAAAGAUGAAAUGGAGAGAAGUCUCUGGUACAUGUCUAUAUUGCUGUCAAGGAAGUAAAAGUAAAGAUUGGACUAAAUUAAGCCAAGCAGCAAUAGCUAGACAGUUAAAACUUUCUGGGCUAUAUAAUUUAAAAUGCUUCUACGCCACACAGAAAUCACUUCUGUGACCACAAAGUAGAUGUGGCGUAAGAGGUUUUUUUCAUGGCUUUCAUUUUGUUUUCAACAAUUUUAUUGCCAAGCUUCUCGAAGUCUGUAAAGUAAAGCACUAUUAAAAUGUGUAUUACUCAGUAGGUGCUUAUUACCCAGGAAAAUAAUAUACAUUACUGAUUUAUAAAUCAAAUUAUUAGGAAAAAUUCAGUUUAGAUUAGUAAAUAUCAAUAAUUUGUGAAGUGCUCUUUACCUUAUUUAUGUUACCACUUAAUGAUUUUAAAAUGGAAGACCUUUUAGUGUCUUUGAGAUAUUUUGACAAUAUAAAUUAUAUUUUCAUUGUGUUUUUAUUAAUCUAUGAAAACUACCCAGGUGUUUUGCCAUGACUAACCCAUGUAAAUGUUUUAUUAUGUGUUUUAUUAUAGGAUUGUAAAUGUAUGAUUUAAUAUUAUUCUUUCAUAUUUAACAGGAAUUUUUUUGUAGCAAAAUAGAAACUGUAUGAUAUUCAGUUUCUGUACAUAUAGAAAAUCAAAGUAGAAUGGAUGGAAUAUUCAGAAAGCAAAGAAAAAAUAAUUGAAUAUCUUAAGCGGUUCUAGGAAGGAUAAAGUUUACACAGGAUUUCAACCUUUCUGAAUUACUGAGGAUAUUUCCUCCAACCAGAUACAAACAGCCAGGUUAUCUCUGACCAGUCUAAUUUUUUACUACAUGACACAUGAUAAAAUAUUUCAUUUUCCAUAUGAUGUACAGGGUACUUAUUGCCCUUAUUUUCCUGUUAAUUGUUAACAAUUUCUUUCUUAGCAUAUGAAUAUGGCACAGUGGAAGACUGUCUUUAUUUAUUUAGUAAUACUAUUUCUUCAUUGCUUCAGGUCAAUAUCUUAAGAAUGGAUGCCUUAAUCUUGUGUGGAUGUGGAAUUUCAGAAAGACCCAGACAAGUUAGAAAUAUUCAUCUCAUUACAGCAUUGACAUAGAUUUGAAAAUCUACCUCCUUAAUAUGUGUUUAGGCACCAGUCUAAGUUUAUCACUUCAGAAAAUCAUAUCCACCCAGGUUUUGCUCAUUCUUGGCCUUGUCUAAUCUUGUUCAAUAUUGUUAUGGAUCUCACUCCUUUCCCUUUUCCCUUUUCCUUUUUCAACACCUUUAGAAUUUAUCAAUGCCAGUUAGUGAAUUUCAGGAUUUGCAGUCUGGAGAGUUCUCUUUGGCAUUCUUCUUUUGAAGAUAAGCCUAUGUGUUUGCAUAUAAAUGUAAAGAAAAUAAAAAAGAAAGUUAAGAGGUAACUUGAUUAUAUUCAGUAAGUUCUUCCAAAGAGAGAAAAUACUAGGAACUAAAUGAUUCCUUGAGCCAGCAUAAGAAAAUAUAAUAAAUACAGUAUAAAAAUUAGAACCAGAUAAAUUAAAAUUAGCAAUAAAUUCCAAACUGUUAGUAAUGAGGUUAGUUAACCACUGGAAGAUGUUAGCAAAGAUAGUUGUGGUUUCUUCAUUUUCUGACACAUUCAAGUCAGGAUGGAACAUCUUUCUGGAAGGUUUGUGUAGUCUAAUGCAGCUUAUUGGAUUCAGUUCAGAUGUACCUAAGUGGUGUCCUAUAUCCAUUGGCUCACCAGUUCAAAUAGUUCCUCUAGACAGAAAAAUGUAAGAAUGUCAAAAGACCUAAUAAAGUAUUUUUUUCUCAGCUCUAUUGGAAUAUUCUUAUCCAAGCUAAAAGAGCUCUUUGUUGUGGUUUUAAAUUUAAAAUAUCACAAACAGUGUGGUGUAGAACAACAUAAUGCAGGAAACCAUUGUCAAAUUAUAAACACUUGUAUUACAAAUGAUUAAGUAAUUAGUAUCUGUCUGAUGCAUCUUGUGGUAUUUAAAAGGUAGCAAAUUUAUAUGCUGUGAAAUUCAACAUUGUUUUAGAGAUUCCCAAGCUAGGUCUGAGAAAAUUGGCAUUUUAGAUUGCACAAUGUGAAGUCACAGAAUCACAGAAAUCCAAGUUCCUUAGUAUUUGUCAAAGGUUUGAGCAUAUGCAAGGGAAUUUCUCUUGGGUCCAGGUAAUGUGAUGCAAAAUUUAAAUAAUGGUCUCUCCUUUUAGUGAAAUAUUAGAUAUGACCUGUUAAUAUUAUUACCAAAUAUUUCCACUGCUUUUGAUGUUUUGGUGUUUGAACCAUAACAAUUUUAUGCAAUUUUUUUAGAGAUCUAAAGUUCAAAAGUUGUGCAAGCAAAAUUGGUGUAACUUUUCAAUAAUAGUUGGGUUUGCAAAUUUUUUUUUUCAAAAUGCCUGCAAGAACUUUCCUUUCUUGGUUUGUUGGUUUGGGUUUUUUUACAAUUAUUUUCAAUUCAAAAAAUAUUCUUAGAAACAUUACUAAAAUGGAUGUUAGUUUUUUUCCACUUGAAAAUGUACACCUAAACUCUAUGUUUUCAGUAAAUUUGGCAAGCUUCAACUGGCUUUAAAUGACCUUAAUGCGAUACCUCAUAGAAUUCAAGCUUUAAAUUAGGGCCUCUGUGUAAACUGUAAGCACUGGGUAAAAGAGAACAUUUGUUUUAAGAAGCAAUGAAGUGAAAAAGCUGAACUGAUAACUUAAACCCAGAAUGCACCACCUUCCUGGUAGUACGUUAUCAAGUAGCGUUAAGUUUUCCCAUAAUGUAGAACAGCAUUGUGUUUCCUGUGGUUUGUUUUUGCCAGUUGUCAUCUUAGAGUAAAUUAAAGGCACCAAUUUUAUUUUAUUUUCGUUAGACAUUUCUUGUUAAUUUCAUUUCAUACUUUGUCACCUCAAUUUUGUCUUCAACAGUCUUGAGGUAAUACAAAGCUUUUUUAUAGAGGCUAAUAGUGCUUAUAUAUGCAAGUAGUUUUAUUUAGAUAAGUAUUCCUCUGGAUCACACAGUAAAAAAUACCUGUAGAGGACAUUAUGAGGUCAUGGGACUGAAUAAAAUCUCUUUUAGAAUCCUGUUAUGAAAAUUCUCCUGAAAUAUCCCAGUAUGGGACAUAGAUUUCUUUUCUGUGGUAGGAGCAGCCUCAAAAGGUUUUGGAACUCUGGGAGCUUUUGGAGAAUGGAGAAUGAGGCUGUUGGCACAGCACCUUUGCUUUAGCCAUCAAUUCCUAAAAGUACAGAUUCUCUGGAGUUACACUGCAGUUGAGUUGCCUGAGCCACCAUUGCCCCAGGGACUCCUGGAAGGGAGACUGGAAAAUACUGCCAACGGCCAUACAUUUUCAAAAGGGAAAGAGAUCAUCUUUAUAUUUCCAGAUUAAAGUAAAAGCUGGUAGACUCUUCCAAAAUAGCAGAAAAUUUAUAUAGUUUUAUGUAUUCUUUAAUUAGGUUCUACAGAUUUCAGAGAUUCUGCAUUCAUAUGUGAACUUCAUUCUGCGCCUGUGUUCUUGUAUUUAUUUAAUAUGAACAGAAUCACUUAUAUAUUCUUACUCUUUUAUUGUGCUGCAACUACUAAAAUGUUGACUACAAACACUGUUGAACGAGAGAUCCAUUAAGAGAGUCCCAACAGGCAGUUGAAUUCCAGGCUUCCUGGUGCUGUCCUGCCAGGAACCUUCAUGUUUUCCCAGAGGUAAGAAGAGUUUAGCUGCCGUGCCAUCCGAGUUCUCAGGCUUUCCUAAUCAGAAACUAGCAGUUGUAGCCUGGGGCCAAAUAAUGGGGCCAAAUUCUGUCAUCACUGAUAACUAUUGUCUUCACCACAAUUAGAAGUUAACUGGGGCAUAAAAUAAUCCUCAAGAUGGCAGGUGGGGUGUUCUUGUGAUACCUAUUCAACUGUAAUGUAUCUGAUAAGCUCCAGGUUCUAAAGAGUACUGACACAGUCUGAGAUACAUGCACUAUAUUGACUCUAACACACAGCAUCCUCAUAGGUUACGCUCAAGUGGCUUUAGAAAGGGGAGCUGUACUAUCUGUUCACUGGUUAAUCUUUUUCUGAAUCUUCAACAACCUGAUUUUUGUCAGUCUGUGAAUUAUGCAUUCAAAAACUUUAAAUGGUACAUUUUCUCUCUGGCUUCUCCCAGAGGGACCGAGCUUGUAGUUCAGUAUUUUUACUUUCUCAUGUGGCAUGCUGUAAAUACAUCCCAUUGUAGCUGGGCAAAUGCUCAUCCUGAGCAGCUAUCCACAGACAGUAUGUUACAGAAACUGCAGAAACUGUGUAGAGAUUAAAGAAUACAGCACUAUUUCCUACUGCUUGGAGCAUCAAUAGUCAGGAAAUUAACAUAUAUAUAUAUAUAUAUAUAUAGUAUAGCACCUGGUGCUUAUUUCUUAGUUGUAAAGUAGUUUAAGGAAUAUAUUGCCAUUAGCAGCUAAUGACUAUAACCUGGAUAAAAGCCAUGGUCAUCGUCUUAUAAUUCUUGUUUCUUUCCUUUAUUAGAAUGGGUUUUUGUGGUGUGGGUAUCUUCUAGAUUUUAGGGGGGAAGAUACCAUUCUGUAACGAAUCAAAAUGAAACAAGGUCACAGUUCUAGUCUAGACUUCUUUCAUAUCUGACAGAAAGUUGAAGGAAUAAAACUGAUGUCUUUAAAUUCCACAUAAAAAUGAUACUUUUUUUCUGAUUCUUUUUCAUUCAGUUAUUCAUUUUGUGUUACAGUCCAGUGUGUUUCAGAAGGGCUGUGAAGAAAUUAGAAGGUUCAGACAUAUGAAUCUCACUCCUUAAAGUUUCCCUGUAGUGUUCAAAUUUAGCAAACUGGCAUGGGGAACUUCUCUAUCACCGGUUUUCCUCAGCAAUUCAUAUAAUUCCCCACUCUCCUUCUUUUAUUAAAAGUGGUCAUGUAGUUACCAAACUGGCUGCUAAAGAUCCAAGGAAAACUCAACUAUCAGGUGCGGAGAGGUCAAUUAACUUCUAAACCACAAUAGAGACUUACAUGGCUUUACUGCACGCGAGUUGAACCUUCACAAUUCACCUAAGCUGAACACAACUCCCUUUCAAAGAGUUAGACAAUCAAUACAGUGCUUUCAUGCAUUUCUCUUAUUUUAUGUCAAGAAAACCUGUGUCUCUGAGUAGGAGGCAGAACUUGAGCAUUUAGUUCCAUAAUCAACUUCUGCUCUAUUCCAGACCAGAAUUAUGUGUGAUAUGGGAGAUGUAUCCGAGUGUUCUGGCAUUAUGUUUUAUACAUCUUUUCCAUCACUUAUCCAGAGGCCAAGUAAAAAGACUCAGUAAUGUACCUAAAAUGAAGAUGUUGGUUAAAAGUGCCAUUGAAAUACAAAGUUCACUGUUUCUUUCUAGUGGAUUUUCAUUUGAUUAAGUCCAUCCUCAUGUAACUUUCUAUCAAUGUGUUUGGGUUUGUUGGUUUUAAUUAAAAUAUUAUAUUAUAUUAGAUGAUCAAUUCAGCUUGUUUUGGGCAACCUUCUGUGGGGGCUGGAGCAUUAGUCAAAUAAUCUGUGCAUGCACAAACAGCUCCACUUACCACUACUGUAGCCUGAACAACACUGUUUCACCUGCAUAUAGCUCAGAAAAGGGAGAGACCUGAGAGGGAAAUUUAAUGGAUUUUUAGGUGCCAAGUUCAGAAAAGCUACAUCAAAUGAAACGCGUUCUUGUCAUAUUGCACUGGUUUUGAAAUAUCAAUGAUACCUGUUGCAAAGGAAGAGAAAACUCAUGUUCCAUGUCAGAUGGGAUUGCAUAAAGACAUUAUGGAGAGUUGGUAAAUAUACUUGUAGGAGCUCUCAGCAAAGUUCUGAAUCCCCAUCUGAUGACUGACAAUAGGUUGCCCAGGAGAAACAGAUUUAAAAAAAAAAAUAUAUGUAUUUAUUUUAAUGACACUUUAAUUUUUUGGGUAUAUCACCCUCAAAAAGAAAAGCUGCCCCUGUCAUUGCACUCAGCUGUACAAGCUAAACUCUCUGUACAAGCUGAAAGCUUUGCCAUAUUCAGAAGUUAUAGGAGGCAAAAUCUGGGGAAGAAUCAGAGCUGGCUUCUGGAAACUGUUUUUAGUAGGAUUAUAGUAUGAUUUUCAACUUUAAUUAUUUUGAAAAUUUUUUUGGUUUCUUUUGCAAUGAUUUUGAGUUGAAUACUUGCACUUCUGAAUGUUGUUGUUGGUACUCUUCCCCCUCUUCUCUCCGUAUGACUCAAAGCCAUCAAAAUACAGGUCUCUUUGGCAGGUUAACUUCUCUCUGAAGAUGUAGCAAAAGGGCAAGUUCUCUCGCAAUGUUAUUAAUGUUCUCUGUGUACCUAGCAAGCUUCACAGAUGUAACAGGGUUUAAGUCUCUCAUGUCCAUAUGGGAUUUUCUUUAGUAAAAUCAUAGUUUUGCUUGCAUGUUCACACAUAAACUCAGCAGUCAUAUACUUGUUGUCAUUUGAGUUGAUCUCAACUUUGUAUUUUUCAUCCCACAAAAUAUACAGCAAAAAUAAUGGAAUAUUAGUACAGUUUAGGGUUUUUUUAUUUUUCAGGAAUCAAACUCUUUUGGGUAGUUCUUAACUAAAUAUGUUAUAAACAUCUUUUAAAAAAAAGCUAAAUAGAUUCAGGUGCUUCUCCUUUGCAUUGCGAUUAUAUGUGUGUGUGUGUUUCUACUAUGUAUCUGAAAGUUUAAUUUUCUCAAAAAAAAAGAUGUGCACAUGAUUAACUUUGUAAAAGUUAUUGUAGUGGAAUGGAGUAUUUAUUUUUAAACUAAAUUCUUAAGGAACCCUUGACUGUAAAUAAAAGACUGUAUUUUCCUUCUCA